CCCUUUGUUGACGGUAAUCAACAACAAGACACUGCUGGCCAGCCAUUACAUCACUGCGGGAAAUUUUGCUACGCUGCUUGUCUAGUAAAGACUUUCUGCAGUAUGCCUGAUCGUCCAAUCUUGGGAAAACGACCGAGUGCGAACGAUCGUGACGUCUCCCCACCUCCUACAAAGCGCAAACAGCAGUCAACAACCACGAGUAAAGCAGUAGCAAAUUUCUUCAAACCUGCGUCACAGAAGGAGAAAGACGUCGACCAAAUGUCAUGGCGGAUCUUGCAUAAGACAUUGCUUGUCGGACGCUAUGGCGCAUCAAAUACUCUGAACAACAUUCGAGGGACUGGCACCAGGAAGAUCGCCGUGUUUGAUUUCGACUCUACAUUAAUCAAGCCUGCAUCGGAUCGCAAAUUCGCCAAAGAUGCAUCUGACUGGAAAUGGUGGGAUCCAAGCGUACCGGCAAGAUUACGAAAAUUAUAUGAAGAAGGAUACCUUGUUGCAAUUCUCAGCAAUCAAGCAGGCAUAACAUUGACCCCUGAUCCCAAGAAGAUCAAGUCCGACCAGAAGCGCCUGGCAGACUUCAAAUCUAAAGUGACUACUGUUCUCAAGCAGCUUGACUUGCCAAUUACUCUAUAUGCAGCCACGGCUCAUGAUGAGUAUCGGAAACCAAGGACUGGCAUGUGGCAAGAGCUGUUGGAGGAGUAUGACCUGGAGCAAGAUGGAGCGGUCGAUCUAUCGGCAUGUUUAUUCGUUGGCGAUGCAGCAGGGCGAGAAGCUACUGAAGGUGGACUGAAGAAAGAUUUCUCGUGUGGCGACAGGAACUUCGCUGCCAACGCAGGUAUACCUUUCCUGACACCAGAGGAGUUUUUCCUCCAAGAAGCACCACGACCUUUUGUGAGAUCGUUUGAACCGGCUGCCUACAUCAAAGACGUGGAACCAAAUAGCGGUGAGAUAUCUUAUGCAAAGACCAAUCCACUCGAUAUCGUUCUACUAGUUGGUAGCCCGGGCGCAGGAAAAUCCUCUUUUUAUUGGAAGCAUCUGCAACCAUUGGGAUACGGCCGCGUGAACCAGGACAUUUUGAAAUCUAGGGAGAAAUGUCUCAAGGCUGCAUCAGCUCUACUGGAGGAGCAGACGGAUGUUGUUGUUGACAACACGAAUGCCGAUGUGGCAACGCGGGCCGACUGGAUUGCUCUCUCGAAGCAGUUCCAGAUUCCGAUCCGAUGUGUACUCUUCACUGCGCCGCCAAGUUUAUGCGAACACAACGAUGCUGUGAGGGCUAUGAAUGCAGGUGAUGAUACGAAUCCCGAGAAGCGGCUCCUUCUUCCCAAGACAGCCUUUCUAGGUUUCGCGAAGAGAUACAGCGAACCGCAGAUUUCGGAGGGCUUCCAGGAUAUCGUCAAUAUUGACUUCAAGUUCGAGGGCUCGGAGACGACUAAAAAAUUGUGGACCAAGUACUGGCUGUAA